AUGAGAGUGCGGCUGCCCUCUGCCCUUCCAGUUCUUCUCUCAUUGAUCUUGUGUAUAGAAGUGUUGAACCUGACCCAGGCGCUGAAGGACGGGAAGAGCCCCAUCCAGCUGGUGCAGAUGCCGCGGGUGGUGGUGGAGCGCAGCCGCUCGGGCGGGCAGGGCCGCGUGGUCACGCUGGGGAACGCCUUCACGCAGACCUUCCACUGCAAGCGGCCCUUUUUCUCCUCCUGGGGAAGGAAUAAAGAGGGCGACGUGGAUGAAGCCGUUUCUGUGGCGUUGCGGAUGAUCGGAGCCCAGCCGGUGCGCGCGGAGAAGUGCGCGUCCCGGUGCGAUGUGAGCUUGUGUCCGAGCCCCAGCUGCCUCGGGGGAUACGUCCUGGACAGAUGCAACUGCUGCCUGGUGUGCUCGCCCCGAGACGGAGACCCCUGCGGCCGGAAGAACGACCUGCCGUGCGGGGACGGCCUGGAGUGCCGGUGGCCGCUCCGGCUCCAGGCCGGACGGCGGGGGCGCGGCUCCGCGGGGGCCUGCCGGUGCAAGACGCAGCACCGAGUGUGCGGAAGCGACGGGAAAACCUACAGCAAUGUGUGUAAGAUGAGAGCAGCCAGUCGAAAGGCUGUGAACAAGGGGAGAGAAGCAGUUAUCCAGGCGCACAAAGGACCCUGCGCGCCCCAGGGAGCAGGUAGGAUCCCGAGCCCUCGCUAUAAGUUCAACUUCAUCGCCGACGUGGUGGAGAAGAUCGCCCCAGCCGUGGUCCACAUCGAGCUGUUUGUGAGACACCCUCUCCUGGGUCGUCACAUGCGUCUCUCCAGUGGUUCUGGAUUCGUGGUGACCCCCUCUGGUGUGAUAGUGACCAACGCUCACGUGGUGACCACGGCCGAGUCGGCGAGCGGGAGGCCUCAGCUGCGCGUCCAGCUCCACGACGGAGACGCGUACGAGGCGGCGGUCAGAGACGUUGACAGCAAGGCAGACAUCGCCACCGUGAAGAUCAACCCCCAGAAGAAGCUUCACGUUCUGUCUCUGGGCCGCUCGGCCGAGCUGAGGCCCGGAGAGUUCGUGGUGGCCAUCGGCAGCCCGUUCGCCCUGCAGAACACCGUCACCACCGGCAUCGUCAGCACGGCGCAGAGAGACGGCAAAGAGCUGGGCAUCAAGGACUCGGACAUGGACUACAUCCAGACCGACGCCAUCAUUAACUACGGUAACUCUGGAGGACCUCUGGUUAACUUGGACGGGGAGGUGAUCGGGAUCAAUACUCUCAAAGUGACGGCAGGGAUCUCCUUCGCCAUCCCAUCGGACCGGAUCAGCCGCUUCCUCUCAGAGUCUCAGAUCAAACACAGCAAAGAGAAGGAGAAGCAGAGAAAAGUGACAGACGAGCCUCAGGCGGACGCAGAGGCGUCAGACGUGAGGAGAUACUUUCUGGGCUUCUGGAUGAGCACAAUCACAAAGGCUCUUGUUGCAGAGUUAAAGCACCACAAACCAGAUUUCCCCGACGUCAGCAGCGGAGUUCUGGUGCAGCAGGUCAUACCCGACACGCCAGCUGAAAGCGGAGGGAUUAAGGAGGGAGACGUCAUCACGAAACUGAACGGACGGCUGGUCGGGACCACCGCAGACGUGCACGAGGUGCUGAAGAGCGACAGGCCGCUUCUGAUCCAGAUCCGCAGAGGCAACGAAGACCUGCUGUUCAACAUCCAUCCUCAGCUUCUGCAGCACUGACUGACCACUCUGGGACAAUAAAUCAUCAAUAAGCUGCAGGUGGAAUAGUUUACUGAUUAAAUUGAGAACGCUGCACAUUUCUGCCAGAAAACUGUGCCAGUCUGUUUACUUUGAAUCGUCUGUGUUUUUGUGU